GUGUCGGUAGAAUCUUUCUCCAAGCAGUUACAGUGGGUCGUUGAGAAAAGACGUCUGUCCUAACCCAUUUCACAAAAGGGAUCCCUUUUAGAUUGCGUUUGCUUUGGAAGUUCCUCGAUCUUCUCCUCCCCGAGUUGGUCUUCCUCAUCUAAAACCUGUUAGAGACAGUUUUUAUGGUUGCUGAGAUUUUUGGAGAACAUGAAUCCUGGUGGAUAUACUAUAGAAGUUUCAGGUUUGUCUCCGGAGGCCACGGACAAGGACGUCUAUGAUUUUUUCGCUUUCUCUGGUGCGAUCGAACAUGUCGAAAUCGCCAGAUCUGGUGAAUUGGCCUGUACCGCCUAUGUGACAUUCAAAGAUGCUUAUUCUCAAGAUACUGCAUGCUUGCUCAGUGGUGCCACAAUUUUGGAUCAACGUGUAUGCAUAACCCGCUGGGGGCUAUAUGAAGAUGAAUUUGAUUUUUGGAACAGGCCAUCACAUAGGCAAGAAGAGGAAACUCAUACACAAAGAAGCCAAUUUUCCAGCACCGGCGAGGCAGUAACUAUGGCACAGGAAGUAGUUAUUACCAUGCUAGCCAAGGGAUAUGAUCUAGGUAAAGAUGCAUUAAGCAAGGCCAAAGCUUUUGACGGGUCUCAUCAAGUUUCAGCAACUGCAGCAGCCAAGGUUGCUGAGCUCAGCCAGAGAAUGGGCCUCAGUGAUAAGAUAUCUGCAGGGGUUUAUGCUGUUAAAUCUGUUGAUGAAAAGUAUCAUGUCUCAGAUAUGACCAAGUUAGCCGUGUCGGCAACCGGAAGAACAGCUGCAGCAGCUGCAAGCAGCAUGGUAAACAGUAGCUACUUUUCGAAGGGAGCUCUUUGGGUCUCAGAUGCUUUAACUCGAGCAGCAAAAGCUGCAGCUGACUUGGGUAGUCGUGGUGUUAACCAAUGAGGCCUUUGAUUAACUCAAAUAUGCCUUUUGUUCUCGUAUAUGAAUAGCUUAAAACAUAUAGAUAUUUUGUAAUUUUGUAUCUUGGUAUGAACUGUGGAGUAAUCGCUAUAAUAAAGAUGUACAUAAGAGGUAUUAAAGAAAAACAGAACAUCGCCCAGAAAAGGAAAAAAAAAAACAGCAUCAUAGAUUCA